AUGGAGCCGGACCACUUAAAAGGAAGGCAUUACUGCGGUGGGCUUGGCCGAAUUGUUUGGAUCCUCGGAUUGUUCCUGCUUGUUCAUGAUGUAACUGGUUCUGAUAGUAGCCAUGAGGCCAAAGGCGCGGGCUCCAGCGGUGCAGACCAGCAGCCCUCUCCAGACCUUGAGCGAGUUCCGGGCCAGUCUCAGCCAGGCGAGAGAGGACGUGAACCAGAAGAUCCUGAGGGCGGAGAGAAAGUAUACGCAGGAAGCUAUCCAGGGACCGGGCUGAGAGGGAGACCAGUAGAUGGACGAAUGAGCGUACCGCAGGGAGACGGCCCAAGCGAUGGAGAUUCAGAAAUGGGAAGCUGGGGGAGGACGCACGAAAGGCUUGGACUGACCGAUGAACCAGUAGAUGAUUUUGUGACUUCACAGAGAAGAGUGCAUGAGCAACUAGGGCUAGCAGACGAACCGGUCGAUGACGAAAUUCCAGAGAGGAGGAAGGAAGGCCAACCAUACGAUGAAUCGAUCGAGCAGAGUCAUCUCAUUUACACAGCGACUACUGGAACGACGUUUAUGAACAUGUUAGGGGGGUCUGGAGAGGAUGCAGCAUUUGGAGUUCCAGACGAAUUGAUUUUGGAGCAGCUUAGACGUAUUGAAGAGGAGAACAGCAAGCCAAACAGGCGGGCCUGGCCCGUCAUCGUGUUCGAGAACGAUAUUGUUGCGUGCGCAUGCCUUGCCAUCCAUGACCUCGAUAGUGACGAGCUUUUAUACGAGGGGUUUCUGAUGCGACCUGAAACCAUCAACAAGGAGGAAGCGCUACGGACACUCGUCAAGGAGAUGUUGAAGCCUCCCGCCUCCUGCAGGGUAGACUACGUUAAUGUGGUAACUGCUGCAAGCGAUGGGCUGCUGAUAGACGCGCUGGCCAGGGCGGGAGUUGGCUUGAUGCGCUACAUUGAGGAUCCGAGCGGAUUUGGAAUGGGAAUGUACUCUUGGAAGAUUGAUAUGCCAUACUUAGGCAGUUAUUCUGAACACCGACAUAGGCAAAUCGAAACGAUGGGGGAACAAGUAUAUGUUAUGAGGCAAAAGGCUGGAGUAAACGAUGGGAUGCGAGAAUAUUUGUCGACGUCGGAGCGCGAAGUGUUUGACACAGUUGUUGUCAAAGCGAGUUCGGCGUUGUCACCUCAAGAACAGAUGCGCGCAGCGAGGUUUGUACGCGAAAAAGCUAAGGGAGAGCUGUACCGCGGAGCUGUUGUAGAUUCUGGCUACCCCACCAGUUUCAGCGUCGUUGCUGUUGGCAAUGAAACCGGAACGGUUUACGGCGUUCUAAAAGGACAUGUUGAAGACCUGACUUGCACAAUCGAGUUUCUAGGAGCCAGUGGCUUGCACGAAAAUUUUGUUGAGGCAAUGCUGCUUGCGGAUACACUGCCGUUCAUGGAACGCCUGGGUGUAAGAAAAGUAGUACUGAAGAGCAUACCGAUCUGUGAUGCCGGCAUGGUCGGCCUUGCAGCAGAGUUGGGUUUCGUUAUUAAAGCGAGUUCAGGCGAUUCACACUUGAUGGUCAGAGAUGGCUCCCUCCCUCCACCUGAUACAGACUGCAUCACCUUACCUCGAUCAUUCCGUGCGCAAUACGGAGUUCUCAAAAAUUUCGAAGGCCGCCACAGGGCUCCUAUUGACGGCAAAUAUCUGGACGUCCUGGAGUUAGCUCGGAUGAUGGUCUAUGAGGCGCCUGGGUUCAUCAAGAGGAGGACACAGGAACUGUUUCUGCAGCUGGCACGAAAAAGAGAGGCCCAAAGAAAACGCGUGCGCUACGCGCAUCUACCGGACGACGUGCAACACGAAAGGGAGGGUGCGCCGGCUGCGGCCGUGACCGAAGAAGCGCCGAACAACCUGGAAAGGCGGAGUGGGAAGGUGAAACUGACCAUUAUUCGGGGGCAUGUCGAUGAGGCUCGUCGAAUGGCCAAAGGAUCUUCAUCUGGAAAGGAGAUAUGGUCUGCUGGAUAUAACCUCCAUACGCCUUCAUGCGGUUCUUCCAUAGCAGCUCUUGUUCUGGAGGGACCGGAUAACUUCCAAGAGUCACCUGCUGGAACCUGGGAGAACCACGACAAUUCAGAAUGCCGCCGGGGGUCAACGCCCGACGCAGUAGAGUUGGGUGGACCCGCAUCUUGUCGGGAAGCGAGACUGCCUCUCUGCGCCUCUAUAUGA